UAUUCACUGGCUGGGCCUCUAAUGUACAAUCCCUGAUGUCUCACUUUAACUCACUGGCUGGCGAAUGUUUGUUUUCCCAACCUGCUCAGAACAAUCAAUUCAGCAGCGCCGGGAAUCAUGACCAGAAUCCAGUGUUGAUCCCCAAGCUGGCGAAACUUAAACCUGUGGACAUGAAUAAAGGCGCAGGCUCCAGGCCACUCAUGGUCAAACCCAACUUCAUGGUUAACUCUAUGGAGGCUAGAUUCAAUCCUCCAGUUUCUAACAACAAGACCAAUGGUGACUCGAGAAGUGAUGCUGUAGGAGUGAAGCUGCCCAAUAGAGGAAAACAGGAGAACGCUUUUACACAAGCCCCCACUGGAGCCGGAUUCCAGAUUCCUGCCAAACUGCCUAUUAUGCAGAAACCUGUUCUCCAUGAAAAGAUCUCUGCAGCACCGGGAACCGCUACUGGUGAUUUGUCAGUGCCAAAAAAUAAGUCUCUUCCCAGUGUGUUUGCUUUAGGAAAAUGUCCUGCCAAACCACAGAGACCUCCACAUGUUAACCUCAGCAAGUUCAGAGGGAAUGUAUCCAACACCAGCAACCCUGAGGAAAAUUUCUCCCUCCGACCCCCACCGCCUCCAGAACGCCUGUCAAUCACAUCUGUGACUCCACCCCCACCACCACCCUUCACAUUUCCACCUGCUCCCCCUCCAGUGGAUGAGGAGGGUUAUUACGAUGAUACAGACGUCAUGAGCCGGAUGGAGACUUCACUAGGUAAAAGCAGCAAUGACCCUGAGGAGUCAGACGAGGACAUGUACGAGGAUCUUGAUCACAAUUGGCCAGAGGAAAACAAAGAACAGAAAGAAGAAAAGACGACAAAAGAAUCAAAGGAACUCAAGAAAAAGCUGGAAAAAGAAGAGAAGAAACGCUUGGAGCAGGAGAAGAGAGAGAAGAAAGAGAUAGAGAAAAGGGAGCAGGACGCCAGGAAAAAGUUUAAAAUCAAGGGUCCGAUUGUGGUGGUUGAAACCGCGAAGGCCAGUGUGGAUCACAAGGGUGGAAAGAACAAACUUCCACUGAAGCAGGGAGAGAGCAUUGAAAUUGUACGUAAAACAGAAAACCCAAAAGACUAUUGGCUCGCCAGAAACACUGAAGGCCUCUAUGGUUUUGUGAAGCCUGACACUCUAGAUGUUGUGGGAAGCACACAGGAGGAACAGGAGGUGUAUGAUGAUGUGUGCGCAGAUGAUGAAGUCAAUAAUCUACCAGAUGUGCCAGAAGUUGAAUGUGAUGAUGAUAUUUAUCAUUGUCCAGAUGAUCCACAAGCUGAUUUCAGCUUUCCCCCUCCACCCCCUCCAGACCCUCUUACAUUUAAUGGUGCCAUUGAUGAGACAUAUGAUGACAUUUUUCCAGCAGACUUCCCUCCUCCUCCGUCUCCUAACAGCUUUCCAAAGUUCAGCUCAACAAGCAAGACAGACGAGAUGGACCCGAAGAAAAAGAAAAAGUUUGAGAAGGAGGAGAAAGAGUUUAGGAAGAAGUUUAAAUAUAAUGCGGAAAUCAAAGUGCUGUAUCAAGCUACUGUUCUCCAAUCGCUGUCUAUAAAGAAGUUUGGUAAUAAAGACUUGCCAGUCAAACCCGGAGAAAUCAUUGAUGUGAUCGUUCAUCCAGGAGAUGACAAACUCAUCGGCCGGAACAGCGAAGGAAAAUUUGGCUACGUGUCUACUGCUAAUUUGGAGCAGGACGCCUCUGUUUAUGAUGAUAUUGGUGACGAGUGCAUCUACGACAAUGACUAAGCAUGGAUAAACCCGUCUAGUGUGUUUUUAUCAUCUUUCAACAUACUUAUUUGUCAUUAAUUCUUUCACCAAAAUAACUGUGCAUUGUUUGAGAAUGAUAUAUAGUGAAUAUUAUAAAAUGUAUAUAUAAAGUCACCUGAGUAGGAAUAAAGUAA